CCAAGCUGCGGCCACCCGCCGGGACCAGCCUCGCCGCCGCGCGCCAAAACCCUAAACCCUCCCCGCCUCCGCCUCCGCCGCCGCCGCGCGACCGCUCCCACCAGAGAUGGGGCGAGACAAGAGCCGGCGUCUCUCCGGCAGCCGCGACUUCCGGCAGCGCCUGGUGCUGGCGACGCUCACCUCCACCGCCGUCACCAUCGUGGACAUCCGCUCCGGGGACGCGGCGCCGGGGCUCCGCCCUCACGAGGUCUCCCUCCUCCGCCUCCUCGACAAGAUCUCCGACCACCACACCAUUGAGCUCAACGAUACAGGAACGAAGCUGAAGUACCGACCGGGAGUGAUUAUAGGGGGAAAGGGCCUUGAGCACGAUUGCGGGGUACACCGGGGUAUUGGCUACUUCCUUGAGCCGCUCAUACUGCUUGGUCUAUUUGCGAGGGCUCCUAUAUCGAUUCGGCUCAAAGGAAUCACUAAUGAUACGAAGGACCCUUCUGUGGAUACUUUCCGGACAACAACCUUGCAUAUGCUCAAGCACUUUGGUGUUCCUCUGGAGGGUUUCGAUCUAAAAAUUGAUAGCCGUGGAUCUCCUCCUCUUGGUGGCGGUGAGGUGUCUCUCUGGGUUCGCAAUAUAAAUAGCACAUUGACGGCAGCAAAUUGGGUAGAUGAAGGUAUGGUGAAGAGGAUAAGGGGUGUUUCGUUCGCCACUAGAGUAUCGCCACAAUUGCAAAGCCGCAUUAUAUAUGCUGCACGUGGAAUCUUCAAUCGCUUCAUUCCUGAUGUUCAUAUAGACAAGGAUCAUAGAUCUGGUUCUGCUGGUGGGAGGUCACCAGGCUAUGGUGUAACAUUAGUUGCUGAGACCACUACGGGAUGCCUGCUCUCUGUAGAUGUCACUGUGAGUUGUCCUAGUGUUGAUGAAAUAAAUGAAGAAUCUGAGAAGCCUGAGCUGACUUCUCCAGAGGAUCUUGGUGUUCAAGCUGCAUCAAUGCUACUAGAAGAGGUGGCUCAAGGAGGUGUUGUUGACUCUACACAUCAGGGCCUUCUAUUUAUCCUGUGUGCUUUAUGCCCACCUGAUGUAUCAAAGGUUCGAGUGGGACAGCUGACUCCAUAUGGUAUAGAGACACUUCGAAACAUCAGAGAUUUUCUUGACGUCAAGUUCAUCAUCAAGCCUGAUCCCAAUUCGAACACAGUUACAUUAAAAUGUGUUGGUGCGGGAGUGAAGAAUCUUGCUCGGAAGAUUUCAUAAGCAACAGGACCAUAUUAAUCUGAUAAAGGAUUCAUGAUACAUCAAGAGACUACUAUGAGACCCUGUUUGUAACUGCAGACAGCAGUGGAGUUUCCCUUAGCUGCUCCUGCUGAAAUUCUGUUCGAGGUCACGCAUAUUAUAGACUGAAAACCUAAAUUUUAAGGCAUCUAAGUCGGCUUCACUAUUUUAAAUUCCUGUCAA